CGGACAUUUCAAGUUGCCAUAGACGCCUCAGCUCUUCUCCCAGGGACUGAGGGCGGCUGCCGAUGGCCCGGGACGGACCGCCAACGCGGGCGGGAUGGAUCUUUGCGGCGAGUUAAAGGAUGUAGCACCCUUAUGGCGGACUCAUCAAGUGAUUCAGACACGCACCUUCGUAACUUUUGCAGGCAGCGAGGACCAUUGAGGCGAGCAACGAAGGGAAGGAGCAGAAUGCACAAUACUGGUGAUGUGUCUGAAAAAAUAGAUGCAUUAGCAAGCACUUUACAGGAUACCAGUCGAGACCUAACGAAUGUUGAUCGGAUGCUCGGACGUUAUAGAGGCUAUUCCAAUGAGCAAAUGGAGACAGUGGCACAGCUACGAGAUGAUUUGGAACAAUCCAUUGAUGAGUUGCGAAGUCAGCGAUUGAGCAGACAAGCUGGACAUUCAAUUCCUUCUCUUCGCACAAGUGACCUACAAGAUAACUCAGCAACAAACAGUCAUCGGUACCGUUCUACCUCACCUCUCAGGGACUCCGGGGUGUACUUAGGAAUGGAUCGUAGAAGGUCCAGAUCUGCAACUGUGAGAUUUGUAGAUGACCUGGAGCCAUUAAAUCACCAGGUACAUACCUUGCAUAGGUCACUACGAGAUCUAAGGAGUGACCAGUUACGCCUUGGACAGGAAUUUGAUGAGGAAGUAGCAAAACGGAAUAGGACUGAUGUGGAGACGCACAAAGCUAUGAACUCUAUAUCAGAGAAACUCCGAGACAUGUCUGGAACAGAAACGAUUUCAGAGAGGGUUGAAAGACGCCUACAAGAAAUUGAAAAGGAAAUGAGAACUGAAAGACAAUUGGCAGAACGUCGUGAAGACCAGCUAGGACACAUGGCUGUACAACUGAAAGAGGAGUUGAGAAAACGCAAUGAUAAAGUUAAUGAAAUGGAAGAAAUGAAGAUUAAACUUUCCAGAUCCGAGGAUGACAAGUCUCUGAUUGAACAAGAGCUUGAACGUACUCGCCGGAAGUUGGAUCAAUCAGAAGGAAGCCGAGAGGCACUUGCUUGUCAGAUAGAUGAUUUGCGCUCUCAACUGUUGAAGACUGAACAAGAACGAGCAACCUUGCAACACAGGAAUUUAGAAUCACAGCAAAGAAGUUAUCUACUUGAGGAGGAUAGCAGACUGAAUCAAGGAGUGGCUGGGAGGUCAGAGCAGGAAAAGCAUUUGUUGGAGAAGCAGAUUUUGGGGCUCCGAGCACAGCUGAAUUGUAAUACUGUGCUUUCUGAGGUGGAAGAGCUGAAACGGUCCCUUGAGAGAAAAGACAAGGAGAAAUCUCAACUUUCUGCACAUAUUGAGGUUCUCAACUCCGAUCUAGAGAAAAGAGAGAAGCAGCAACUCAGGAUGUUGAACCAGCUCCAGGAAAUCCAGAACCGUUAUGAUGACUGUGUACAAGAUCAUAAAUCUGCAGGUUUGGAAAUUGUGGAUCUAGCCCGCCAACUGAAGGAGUCUGGUGUGGAAGCUGACAAAUGCAGGGCUCAGUUGAAAGAAGUUGAACGCCUUCGACUGGAGAGUGAAAAGAAGAAAGAUGAAUUGAAGAUAAAAGCUCAAGAGUCCAUCAGACAGUGGAAAAUCAAAUGCAGGAAGUUGGAACGUGAUUUGGAAAAGCAGAAGGAGAAUAUUAAUCAUUGGAUGGAGCAGCACAACCAGGCAAAUAAAGAGAAAGAAGCACUCCAGGGUCAGCAUUCUGUGGCCUUGCAUCAGAUAGAGAGCCUCCGUAAGGAACUCAACGAUGUCAUACUCAAACGGGCGCAGCAGGAGGAAGAUAUGCGACGGAAAGAUGUGGAGCUCAAUGAGUUGAAGUCAGAGUUGUUGGACUUGGAUGGAAAACUGCAUGACUCUAAUGAGUGUUCCAGCAAAUUAGAAGUUGACUUACAUGAGCAGUGUGUGUUGCACAUUCGGACCAAAGAGGAGAAACAGCACCUGGAGAAUGAGUUGAUGGCCUUAAAGAGGCAAAAUGAAAAGAGUCAGGAGAAGCUAUUAGAAAUGCAGCGAAUGAUCUCUGAGCUAAGUUCCAUUCGAUCUGAGCUCAAUGAUAAACUAGCUCAGGAAGAGAAAUCCAGUAAAGAGAUUAAAAAGAGCAUCUCAGAAGCUCAGGCAAAACAGACGUUAGCCCAAGAGGAACUUGCCUCCCUGAACAGCCAAUUGAAUUUGGAGAGGGAUGCACACCAAAAAGAACUUGCAGACAUCAGAUUAGAGAUGCAGACAUUAAGAAAUAAACAUGAAAAGAAUAAGCAGGAAGCACUCAAAAAUUUCCAACAAGAGCGGGAUAAAUUAGAGAAUAACCUAAGUGAGCUAAAGGCUGAGCUGGCACAUGACAAGAGUUUGGCAAAAGCACAACGACGCCAGGUGGAAAAGGUCAAAACAGAAUGUAACAAACUGACGGAAGAGCUACUUCAGGGUGAGGCGGAAAAUACCAAGCUCAGGAGGAAGUACCAUUUGCUGAAGCAAGAACUGGAAGAAAAGGGUAAGCUGGCUGUUAAUGGAGAAGAAUCUGUGAGACAAUUGGAGCAAAUGACAUUUCAACUUAACGAUCAAAUCAGAAGAGUCCAAACAGAGCAAGAGACAAUCCUUUGUUCUGUGGGAAAAGAAAUUGAUGCUGCAUGUGAUUUCCUCUCUCGGGAUCCUGGUGACAAGUUCAAAGUAAUCAAUGCAAUAACGCUUACACAUGGAUUAGAAAACGAUCCCCAUCGCUGGUUGGCUGAAGUGAAAACCAAGCUACAGUGGCUAUGUGAAGAAGUGAAGGAACGAGAAGGACGAGAGCUCAAACUACGAUACCAUCUCCGACAGUGUCGUGGGCAGUUGAAGGAGUUCCUACAGGACAAGGAAUCAGAGAGCCAGCUUUUCAUAGAGCAAAUCACAAAACAAGAAUGUCUCCUUGAGGAAAUACACAGGGAAAAAAGAGAAUUACUGCAAAAGGUAUGUCAGAAGGAUGAAGAGAUGAGAGCAUUGCAGGAUAGGAUUGCAGACUUAGAAAGUAGCACACGGAUGGCUUUGGACCAUCUUGAAUCAGUGCCAGAGAGGUUGAGUAUCCUAGAUGGCAUCCAGGAUUUGGAGGAUUCCCAACGUCACCGAGAGAUGAUAGAAGAAAGGUACUCCAAGUACAAAGAGAUAGUGACUUCCCUGCAGGAGCAGCUGCGAGAUUCAACAAGGAUGAUUAAAAAAUAUCAGAUGCUGCCAGGACCUGCUGAACUUUUCCAGCCAGUUCUGUUUUAUGUUAUACCAGAGGGAACUCAACUUGGCCUGAAAGCCCUCGCCGACUUUGCUGGAGCAUUGAAGGCGCCAUACAAAUGCACGCCCGCCCUCUUUUUCGCUGAUGAAACUUUUUGAUAAGAAAGGGUAGCACCCGGCCGUGAAGUUCCGGGAGCAGAUUGGAAAAAAGAGACUCAUUCUGCACUCUCUCUGUGUCUGCGUGAGUAUCUAUUCC